AUGGGUCAGCCCUUGAAUUACCCAUAUCCCCAAAUCUACUGGGUGGACAGCACUGCCAGCUCUUCGUGGGCCCCUCCAGCUGCUGUUGUCCCCUGCUCAUCCUCCAUGUCUGGAAGGCCUGAUCCAAGGAUUCCACCCCCACUCCCACCACCACUGCCAGCCCUACCACCUCAGCCACCACCACCAUUGCCUCCAUUCCCACCAUCACUUCUGAAGAAGAGAAGAAGCCACAACACAGGGCUAUGUCUCCUUAUGAUGUUUUUCAUGGUGCUGGUGGCCCUGGUUGGAUUGGGGCUGGGCAUGUUCCAGCUCUUCCACCUGCAGAAGGAGCUGGCUGAGCUCAGAGAGUCUACAAGCCCAAGGCACAUAGAAUCAUUUCUGGAGAAGCAAAUAGGUCAGCCCAGUCCACCUUCUGAAACCCAGCAGCUGAAGAAAGUGGCCCAUUUAACAGGAAAACAUAACUCAAGAUCCAUCCCUCUGGAAUGGGAAGAUACCUAUGGAAAUGCCUUGGUCUCUGGGGUGAAAUAUAAGAAGGGCAGCCUUGUGAUUAAUGACACUGGACUCUACUUUGUGUAUUCUAAAGUGAAUUUCCGGGGCUAUUCCUGUGAAAACCAGCCCCUGAACCACAAAAUCUACAUGAAAAACUCUAAAUAUCCCCAGGAUCUAGUGCUGAUGGAAGAGAAGAUGAUGAACUACUGCACCCCUGGCCAGAUGUGGGCACGCAGCAGCUACUUGGGAGCCGUGUUCAGUCUUGCCAGUGCUGACCAUUUAUAUGUCAACGUAUCUCUGCUCUCGUUGGUCAAUUUUGAGGAAUCUAAGACAUUUUUUGGCUUAUAUAAGCUCUAA